GCUCGCUGAAGCCUUCGAGAGUAGAAGAGCCAUCUUCCCGACCGGAGAGAGUGGGGCAGAAGGGGAUUGUUGAGAUAAUUUUGGGGGGACCCCAGUGUCGCUGGAAGGCUUAAAGACGUUGCUUUAGGACGGUAGGACAACCGGUUUUUCUGUCAGGGAAACAAAAUAGGCUAUUCGUUAUUUCCGGGCGAGAACUCUUCGGAAGCCGUAUGGCUGGGGCUCAAGCGAGAGCUCUACUGGAAAAUACAAAGGAAAUACAUUCGAGUGAAGGUAUUAUUAGCACAGGUUUGCAUACGAACAAAUGCAUAACAACCAGAGCACCAUAGCUGAAGACCUAUUCGAGUAAGUGGCGUGUAAAACAUCAAGUUUGAAGAGUGGGUAGAUAUUUAAAGAUGUCACUGUAAACAAACAACAAACCCCUCGUUGGAGCGACUGCCGUGAAGCUUUGACUCGGAUUAGUACCAAGGGUAUCCAAACACGGCUACCAGUCAGUUUAUAUCUAAUAACUAUCAUUUAUUCAGCCUUAGCCGUUGAAAGAAAAUCAUUUUAUGACAUUUGUGGCCAAUGACAAUCGAUAUCCUUCAAUUUAAAAAGAUGUUUGUUAGUUUAGCAAGCUAGCUAGCUUCAUCACUGGUUGUCAAUGCAAGAUUAGCUUGCUUGCUGGCUAACUAGUUAGCAUUGGCCAGUUAGCCAGCUAAUGCAUGUAGCUAGAUGAGAAGUAUAUGUCGAACAAAGGGAGGAAGAUUGCUAGCAGGAAUAUGAGCCGUAUUUAGAUGUUUUUCAACACACUGGUAGGGUGUUUUCAGUCAAUGUAAAAUAUAGAUAUAAAAGAACACAGUUGGCUUGCUACCUAUUAGAACACACUGUACGGGCUGUUGUCUCGAGAUAGGCUGUGGGUUCCACAGCUGAGUGGUCAAGAACAGACGGCAGGCGUAGGAAUGGAGGAAAUCAAGUUGAUGUCAUUGAGUAGAUUUUAUUUUAAAAGUAGAUAGCUAGCUGUCAUUCAUUGCAUUGACUGUUUGCCUAGAAGUAGAAAUUCACAAACAAACAAAUGUAUUGAUGAAACAUGGCCCGAGACAUAAACCUAUGAACAUUUCUCCACUCAGCAGCCAUGGGCACUUUCUUGUGAGUGGGGGGUUGUCUCUUCGAUACACAAGGAAAAGGGUCUUCUGAGUCCAACUCUCUCCAGUUUGCGUAGGUCUACUUGUAAAGGCACAAAUAACCAACUACCCGAUGACAUGGACACCUUGACUCAGAUACAUGGCUGACGAUCACCCUACGGCUUUUGUUUUUUUGUCAUUUAAACAUCGAAUGUUCAUUCCACAUUUUUUGAGUCGGUAGCCUGCCGGUAUUAGAAAAAGCUGUGCCGGGAUAUGUCAUACAUUUAUUUUAACCAAGUAGCUAGCCUUCAAGACUAGACUACAGAGCGCGUUCAGCAGUGUUUUGAUUUCGGCCACCCCUCCCCCAACGUUUACUAGAGACUAGAAGUUGUGUUUCGCAUCUGCUCGCUGUCAGUUCGGGACAAAAUUAGCCCUUUUCCUGCCUUUUUUAAGAGACGCCUUGGCCUCUUGUAGCUCGUCAAUCUUGACUUCUGAAAAGUGGAUGUAAUGGAACUAAUGUUCGCCGAGUGGGAAGACGGGGAAAGGUUCUCCUUCGAAGAUUCUGACCGGUUUGAAGAGGAUUCGCUCUGCUCCUUCAUAUCUGAGGCAGAGAGCCUGUGUCAAAACUGGAGGGGAUGGAGGAAACAAUCUGCGGGUCCCAAUUCACCAACAGUAAAAAUCAAAGAUGGACAAGUGAUCCCCCUGGUGGAGCUGUCUGCCAAGCAGGUGGCGUUCCACAUCCCCUUCGAGGUGGUGGAGAAGGUCUACCCUCCUGUCCCAGAGCAGCUGCAGCUACGCAUCGCUUACUGGAGCUUCCCUGAGAACGAGGAGGACAUCAGGCUCUAUUCCUGCUUAGCCAACGGCAGCCCUGAUGAGUUCCAGCGUGGGGAGCAGCUGUACCGGAUCAGAGCUGUUAAAGACCCGCUGCAGAUAGGUUUCCACCUCAGUGCCACUGUUGUGUCGCCCCAGGCCGGCCAAUCAAAAGGGGCCUACAACGUGGCGGUCAUGUUCGACCGCUGCCGCAUCACUUCCUGUAGCUGCACCUGUGGCGCCGGGGCCAAGUGGUGCGCCCAUGUGGUGGCCCUCUGUCUCUUCAGGAUUCACAACGCAUCUGCGGUGUGCCUGCGCGCCCCCGUGUCUGAGUCGCUGUCUCGGCUGCAGAGGGACCAGCUGCAGAAGUUCGCCCAGUACCUCAUCAGUGAGCUUCCUCAGCAGAUCUUGCCCACGGCCCAGCGGCUCCUGGACGAGCUGCUGUCGUCCCAGUCCACGGCCAUCAACACCGUGUGUGGCGCUCCAGACCCCACCGCCGGACCCUCCGCCUCCGACCAGAGCACCUGGUACCUGGACGAGUCCACUCUCAGCGACAACAUCAAGAAGACCCUGCACAAGUUCUGCGGACCCUCUCCCGUGGUCUUCAGUGAUGUCAACUCCAUGUACCUGUCCUCCACGGAGCCCCCUGCAGCGGCUGAGUGGGCCUGUCUGCUGCGGCCCCUGAGGGGGCGCGAGCCCGAGGGCAUCUGGAACCUUCUGUCCAUCGUCAGGGAGAUGUUCAAGAGGAGGGACAGCAACGCCGCCCCCCUUCUGGAGAUCCUCACCGAGCAAUGUCUCACCUACGAACAGAUCAUCGGCUGGUGGUACAGCGUGCGUACAUCCGCCUCCCACAGCAGCGCCAGCGGGCACACGGGCCGCAGCAACGGGCAGUCGGAGGUGGCGGCGCAUGCCUGUGCCAGCAUGUGUGACGAGAUGGUGGUGCUGUGGAGGCUGGCUGUGCUGGACCCCACCAUGAGCCCCCAGAGGCGCCUGGAGCUGGCAGCGCAGCUCAAGCAGUGGCACCUGAAGGUGAUCGAGAUCGUCAAGAGGGGCCAGCACCGCAAGUCCCUGGACAAGCUGUUCCAGGGCUUCAAGCCGGCGGUGGAGUCCUGCUACUUCAACUGGGAGGCCGCCUACCCCCUGCCGGGCAUCACCUACUGCAGCGCCGACAAGAAGAGCGCCUCCUUCUGCUGGGCGCGAGCGGUGCAGCAGCAGAGGGGGGCCAAGGCCGGCCUGGAGCCCCCCGAACCCGGAGGAGGAGGGGGAGGAGGAGGGAGGCCGGGGAGCUCCGAGGACUACAAAGGCAGAGGGAGCGGCUACUCGCCCCAGCAGGAAGUGGCGGUCCGCCCCAAGGAGAACGUCGCGAGCAAGCGGAAGGGGUUGUCGGCGGGAGGCGGGCCGGGGGUGCUGGUGCGCCUGGCGGCGGGGGGCGGCGGGGUGUCCCUGUCCGUGGAGGAGGGCGGCGGCGGCAAGGGCUCGUACAAGGCCGGGAGCUCGUCCUCCUCAGCCGGGGGGAAGGGCAAGCUGGCGCAGGGGGGCAAGGGGGCGUCCGGGGGAGGGGGGGCCGCGGGGGGGGGGGUCGGGGGGAAGCACGCCACGGUCAAGCGGCGCACCAGCAGCGAGGACAGCUCCCUGGAGCCCGACAUGGCCGAGCUGAGCCUGGACGACGGGUCCAGCCUGGCGCUGGGGGCGGAAGCCAGCAACACCUUCGAGUUCAUGCCGCCGCCGGCGGAAAUGCUGCCCUCGCCCGGCCCGCUGCUCCGAGAGCCGCGCAAGUACAGCGGGGCGGGGAACGCCGGCAAGGAGCGCCCAUUCGACCCCAAACGGGCCAACCACGUCGCCCCGUUCCCCGCCGCUGCCGCCUUCCCCCCCAAGGAAGCGGUGGUGGUCGUCGCUGCCGCCGCCACCGUUCUCGUGGAAAAGGAGGUGGAGCUCGAAGGCGACCUGGAGGAGGUCGCCGGCGAGGGGGCGCGCCCGGCCGGGGAAGCCCGACCCUCGGCCGCGCCCGCCACCAACCCCGUGCCAAUCGCUGCCAAGCCACCGAGGGGGCGGAGAGAGGGCGGGGCAGGAGGAGGAGGAGGAGGAGCUGUGGCCGCUCCGGCCAAUCAGGUCCCGGAGGGCGCUGCGGGUGUGGCGGCGGCAGGGGGAGACCCCGUGGGAGAGGACGACUACCAGGCCUACUACCUGAGCGCGGCGUCGGAGGAGGGGCCGGACAGAGGGGUGCCGGAGAACAACCACGAGGAGGAACCGGACAUCUUCGCUGGGAUCAAACCCCUGGAGCAGGAGGGCCGCAUGGAGGUGCUGUUUGCGUGCGCCGAGGCCCUCCACGCCCACGGCUACAGCAACGAGGCAUGCCGAUUGGCCGUCGAACUGGCUGGAGACUUGCUGGCCAAUCCUCCAGACUUGAAAGUGGAGCAGCCUCAGACAAAGGGUAAGAAGAGCAAGGUGUCCACCAGCCGCCAGACCCAAGUGGCCACCAACACGCUGUCCAAGGCAGCCUUCCUGCUGACGGUGCUGAGCGAGAGGCUGGAGCUCCACAACCUGGCCUUCAGCACCGGCAUGUUCUCUCUGGAGCUGCAGAGGCCCCCGGCCUCCACCAAGGCCCUGGAGGUGAAGCUGGCGUACCAGGAGUCAGAGGUGGUGUCCCUGCUGAAGAAGAUCCCCCUGGGCCUGGUGGAGAUGACCUCCAUACGGGACCGAGGGGAGCAGCUCCGCGACGGCAACUUCUGCGACUACCGGCCCGUCCUGCCCCUCAUGCUGGCUAGCUUCAUCUUCGACGUGCUCUGCACCCCAGUCGUGUCCCCAACGGGCUCCCGGCCUCCUAGCCGUAACCGUAACAACGAGAUGCCGGGCGACGAGGAGCUGGGCUUCGAGGCGGCGGUGGCAGCGCUGGGGAUGAAGACCACGGUGAGCGAGGCAGAGCACCCCCUGCUGUGUGAGGGCACCAGGAGAGAGAAGGGAGACCUGGCCCUGGCCCUCAUGAUCACCUACAAGGACGACCAGAGCAAGCUGAAGAAGAUCCUGGAUAAGCUGUUGAACCGGGAGAGCCAGACCCACAAGCCCCAGACCCUGAGCUCCUUCUACUCCAGCAAGCCCGCCGCCAACAGCCAGCGCAGCCCCUCCAAGCAUGCCACGCACGGGGCCGGCGGCGCCACCGGAGGGGGCGUCUCCAAACACGGGCCCUCCUCCUCUUCCACCACCACCAACUCCAACGCCGUCAGCUCCUCCUCCUCCUCGGUGCAGGCGGUGGCCAGCGGGGGCGUGGCGGGGCACCAGGCAGCGCUGGGGGGAGGCGGGGUUCCGAACAGCACAGUGGCCGGCGAGGGCGUUAGCGAGGCGAGAGAGCAGGACUGCGCCCAGCCUGCGUCAUGUGACCAGCAGAGUGAGGCGGCGCCCUUCAAGCCGGAGGGUACGGUGCCCAGCCGCCUGGCGCUGGGGGGGCGGGGCGCCUACAACCGCUGCUGGGGUUCCCCCGUCCGCCAGAAGAAGAAACACACAGGUAUGGCCAGCAUCGACAGCAGCGCCCCGGAGACCACCUCCGACAGCUCGCCCACCCUCAGCCGACGCCCGCUCCGAGGGGGCUGGGCCGCAGCCUCCUGGGGAAGGGGCCAGGACAGCGACAGCAUCAGCAGCUCCUCCUCCGAUUCGCUGGGCUCCUCCUCCUCCAGUGGUUCCCGCAGGGCCGGGGGCGGGGCUAGGGCAAAGAGCACCGACACCAGCAGGUAUAAAGGCCGUCGCCCAGAGUGCCACGCACCCCACGUCCCCAACCAGCCAUCAGAGGCGGCGGCCCACUUCUACUUUGAGCUGGCCAAGACGGUGCUGAUCAAGGCCGGGGGGAACAGCUCCACUUCCAUCUUCACCCAGCCCUCGGCCAGCGGGGGCCACCAGGGGCCCCACCGGAACCUGCACCUGUGUGCCUUCGAGAUCGGCCUGUACGCCCUGGGCCUGCACAACUUUGUCUCUCCCAACUGGCUGUCACGCACCUACUCCUCCCAUGUGUCCUGGAUCACCGGCCAGGCCAUGGAGAUUGGCAGUGCCGCUCUCAACAUCCUGGUGGAGUGUUGGGACGGGCACCUCACCCCUCCUGAAGUGGCGUCCCUGGCAGACAGGGCAUCACGGGCACGUGAUCCCAACAUGGUGCGGGCAGCGGCGGAGCUGGCACUGAGCUGCCUCCCCCACGCCCACGCCCUCAACCCCAAUGAGAUCCAGAGGGCCCUGGUCCAGUGUAAAGAACAGGACAACGUCAUGCUGGAGAAGGCCUGCAUGGCCGUAGAGGAGGCCGCCAAGGGGGGAGGCGUGUACCCCGAGGUGCUGUUCGAGGUGGCCCACCAGUGGUACUGGCUCUACGAGCAGACGGUGGGCGGGGGCUCGGGGGCCCAGCGCGAGGGGCCCGGCCGCUGCGGGGCCAACGGCGGCGCGGGCCGGAGGCCCCCGGACACGGGCUGCGGCCUGCUGGAAAACGGGGGGGCCAUGGAGUCCUCGGGCGUGGCCACGGUGACGGCGUCUGUGACGGCGGCGGCCGUGGUGCCCGUCAUCUCGGUGGGCUCCACCAUCUACCAAUCGCACGCGCUGCCCGGCUCGGCCAUGGCCCACCCCCACGGCCAGGGGCUGCACCCCUACACCACUAUCCAGGCCCACCUGCCCAGCGUGUGCACCCCGCAGUACCUGGGACACCCCCUCCAGCACGUUCCCCGACCCACUGUCUUCCCUGUGUCGGGGGCUGCCUACCCACAGGGAAUGCACCCGGCCUUUAUCGGUGCCCAGUACCCCUUCUCAGUGGCCACCGGCCCCCAUCCGCCCAUGGCGGCCACCGCCGUCACCUUCCCUGGCGUGCCCGUUCCGUCCAUGACUCAGAUCGCCGUCCACCCCUACCACACGGAGACGGGCCUGCCUCUGAGCACCACAGUAGCAGGAGCCGCGUCUUUCUCCGCUCUCUACCCAGUAGGUGGUGUCCACUCAGGCUCCUCCCUCCAGGCCAUCCAGGGGGCCUCCCUCCCUGGCAUGUCUUCCCAGCCCGCAGCAUUGGUCAGCACCCCCUUCCCAGCUGAGGACGAGCAGCACAGCCAGCCAAUCAGCCAACAGGGCCUGCAUUACCUGCAUUCAGCCUACAGAGUUGGCAUGCUGGCCUUGGAAAUGCUGGGCAGGAGGGCUCACAACGACCACCCCAACAACUUCUCCCGCAGCCCCCCCUACACAGAGGACGUCAAGUGGCUCCUGGGCCUAGCUGCACGACUAGGUGUGAACUAUGUGUACCAGUUCUGCGUGGGCGCGGCCAAAGGCGUGCUCAGCCCCUUCGUGCUGCAGGAGAUCAUCAUGGAGGCUCUGCAGAGGCUCAACCCCGCCCACAUCCACGCCCACCUGCGGACGCCCGCCUUCCACCAGCUGGUACAGCGAUGUCAGCAAGCCUACCUGCAGUACAUCCACCACCGGCUGAUCCACCUCACCCCGGCUGACUAUGACGAUUUUGUCAACAUCAUCCGCAGCGCGCGAGGGGCUUUCUGCCUGACCCCCGUGGGCAUGAUGCAGUUCAACGACGUGCUGCAGAACCUGAAGAGGGGCAAGCAAACCAAGGAACUGUGGCAGCGCAUCUCCCUGGAGAUGGCCACCUUCUCUCCGUGACUGGGACUAGGGGUGAAGCUGGGUUAGAACAAGCCCCGCCCACCUGCACCACCCACACCUCUGCAGCUUUGUCUGUCUCUGUCUCUCUGUCUCUCUCUCUGUCUUACUUACGGCUCUGUCCGGAACUUUCUCUUUCUAUCUCCAUCUCACUCCCCUUACCAGACGUCACAUUUUCUUGUGUGUCCCUAUGGACACGCCCUACACAGCACACAGGCAGCACAAUCAAAUCCCUAUUCUGCCCCCCUACCCACCUACCACAUGUGUUCCUCCUGUUAUGUUAUGUUAUGUGUGUGUGUGUGUGUGUGUGUGUGUGUGUGUGUGUGUGUGUGUGUGUGAUGAAGAGACAAAAAGUCUAUCUCCGUUAAUGACUGAAUAGCCUCCUUCCUUUUCUCAUCCAUCCGCGUCCAUGUUUCUACAUCACUUCCUGUGUGGUGUCAUCCUUACCCCUUUUCAUGUUUCAUCUCCAGUUCGGGGAGGGGAUCUGAGAAGAAAAAAAAGAAAAAAAACCCUAGUUAUUAUUUGUUGAUGUUGGUUGGUUCCUUCUUCGAAAUGAAACCACUGAGUUGAGUCAGAUUCAUACUGCAACAUUCCUCUGUCCUGGGGAGCCAGUGUCCCCACCCCUCACUAUGAGUUUUAGCUAUGUUGACAGUGUUUAAACAAGUAAAGAAACAAGAAAGUUUGUUUAAAUGAUUAAGAAGAAGAAAAAAAAAAAGUUUAAUAAGAAAAUGCUAAACCUAAGUACGGGUGAGGAUUCUUCAGUGUUUUGUUUUAUCUAUUUUGUUUUUGAUAUUUUGUAUAGACAUACGUGUAUGCAGAGAGGAAUUGGAAUGAAAGAAUAUUAUGUGAGGGUUGUGCGGAUUCCUUUUUUCCAAUCCAGGUGUUGGGGCCUGUGGGCUUGGGAACACAGGAGUCUGGCUGGACCAAACUGCACUUAGGCCUUUGUGAUAAGGCGCAAUAGUGCUAGUGGGCUCUUCUAAUUCUAACUUCAUCUAACAUCAGAAAUACCAGAAUCCCAUUGUUAUAGUUAAGUGGAUUUGACAUGACUGGGCCUGUACUGGUAUUCUGGAAGUCCAUCAGUGUUUUAUGGAGGCCAGUGCCAUAUUCCUGUGUUUCAAACCCACACCUCCAACCAGGCUCUGGACCUCACAGCAGGAGAGUGACUUAGUAGAAAAUGUACUGUGAUAUUUUUGUAUUCCUCAAAGUGUAGCUUGGUUGAAAAAAUUAUAUAUAUAAUUAUAUAUAUAAAAACUGUGCUGAUUGCAAGAGGUUGUAAUUUAGAAUUAAAGAAAACAGAUAAAGCAAUACCGAAAUGUAGAGUUUUACUUAAUAAAGAUAAUUCAAAACACUAA